UGCGUUGUGCGAUUUUUGCCAGUUCCGGAUUUUUUUUUUUUUUUGAAUACGCGGAUUUUUCGCCACGAAACUUCAGUACAUGGAAAUUGAGCGAUUGACGCUUUUUGCGGGAGUUAAAGGACGAAUUGCGCGCGAGUUCUAGCCGAUUUGAGCAAGUCACGCACGAUCGCGAAGCGCGAGGAAAGAGCGCAAAUCGGGCAGCGAUAAUUACCGAGAGGCGAUCAUCGGGGAACUGGGCCAAGCCGACAGCAUCGCCGAAGGCGGUUGUUAUUGUUUGAAGAAGACGUCGGGCCAAGGAAGAGAAGAGGUUUGAAAAAGCGUUUUUUGUAGAGAUCGAGGGGUCCGGUAAUUGGUGAGGCCGGGCAUAUAAAAAAUUGGCAACAACCGCCGGCCGCCAACCGUGGAAAGUGAGCAUGUGAAGUGGGAAAUUAUCGGUUCAUUUAUCGUGAUUAUAACCGGGUCGGUACGAUCGGAAAGGUGUUUACCGGUCCGCCGGGGUAUUUGGGGUGAAGAAUAAAAGCCGCGGCCACCGGUUGCCGUGCGGCGAGUUCUUUGGGGCGUUCCGUUUUCUCUUUAAACCGUAUUAAAAAAAAACUCGUCAGUCGUGUUCAGCGAUACGAUCAGUCCAAAGAACGUCGAGAGGGUCGAUUCUGAAGAAAAUCUAAGGUCGAUAACAAAUUAGCGCAGGAAGUCCACAACUCCCACAUAAGAAGACAACAAAUGUUUACGUGAGAUUGUGUCGUGUUUGCUCCGGGAAGAGUCAGACUGGCAAAGAAGUGAUUAAAGUUGAGCAAACAAAACCGAAGGAAAGGGCCAGCAAGGCAAGAUUCACGUGUCAACACAGCAAAAAGUUAAGGCUGCCAAAGGAUUAGAGCAGUCUUCCCGAGCAAAGUCUGUGAAGAAAGUCUAGCAGUAAAAGUGAGAGCGAAAUGCGCCCAAUGUGAAGUGAAAAUCCUCGCAAGUUUUUGCUGCGAUUGGCACGGAGGGAAAAAAAGAAAAUAAUAAAUAAAUCCCGUGUGCACACACACACGGAGGGAAUAAAGCAGUCAGUGAGUGUGUGUGUUUUGGUACACCAUGUGAGCCACCGUGAGUGAGUAAGCGUGCAAAUCCGGUUGGAAAAGCGGUAGUAACCGAGAAAAAAAAUCCGGAAAAGUGCAGUAAAAGUGGUCCCUUUUGUUGAGCGCCACGCCGGAAGUCGGUGGGUGUGUGUUCCACGGAUGAAUAGUUUGUUACGUGAAGCCCGACCAGGUUCAGGACGUCCUCGUCGUCCUGGGGCCAAUUUUUCCAGCCGGGAAAGCUUUUUUCCACCUCAAUUUCAUCAAAUUGUUCCCGCUCGACGUUGAACAAAGAAGAAGAAGCAAACACCGACGACACACAGGUGAAAAGUCACUCUGGCACACGUGUCGAUGUGUGUGUGUGUCACGCUAAAGUGAAAGAGCAAAGAAAAGCGAGUGUAAUUAAAAAUUUAUUGAAAAAAUCUUAAUUAGAAAACACCACUGGAUACCGCACCAUCCGGGUGAGCUGGAGGGAGAAUUUUGUGUGAGCUAGAAGAAGGAAGAGUAUUGAAGGUGAACAAGGACGUCUACGCUGCAACAGUUCUUUUUUUUUUUGUUAUUUCGGGAGCGAGAACCGAACCGAAGCUCUCCAUCCCACCGGAAGCAACCCCCUCGGGGAACCACCAUCCACACAGGCGAUUACGCGCGCGGUUUCUCCUGCAAUCCAUUGUGUACUCUCUGAACCGCGUGUGUGUGCUACGGCAAGCAGGGAAGAACACGUAGCACACAUAACUCUCCGUCGCCGCCGUGUAUUGUGCUGUUCUCGGUAUCCUUCCGGAAGUCGUGAAUCUCUCGGAGUAGGAGGUUCCGAUGUAGAACUGCGCCUCCACCGCAGUGAGAAGUGGUUCUUUGUUGAAAGGAACCCUUUUUCCAGAAGAACGAAAUCGGCGCAGUAAACAUGGGCCUAAACAAGACGACACUGGUUCAAUUGCUUGUAAUCUUGCUGACGGUCGCGUCGGCCGUAACUGGGUCCAAAGUGAACCGGGACCGUCGGAAAAACGGCAGCCACCGGGAUGACGACUUUGGGUACAUCUCGGACUCGCACGGCCUGCCGACCAAGUUUGGGGACGAGGACGAUGUGGUGUUUGCCAAGAAGCAAAACGACUCCGCGGCGCUUCUUCCGGGUCUUGGAGGUGCCUCCUCGGUUGCGAAACCGGGCGGCCACGUGUUAGGUCACGGAACGGACUACGACUACGAUUACGACGAGGACGAGCUGGGACAUCCGGACGAGAAUGACAGUCGCGAUAAGGACGGUGCCGCGGUUGUGCCGGGAGUUGGAGGGGGUGGUGUUGGGUUGGACGAUUAUACCGAUGGGUUGGACGGGGGGGACGCCAUCGAUCAGAUUGAUAGCUUUGGCGAGGGAAGUGAUACGACGAGUUCGUUGCCGGUGUUUCUGGUGGAGCCGCAGAGUACGUACGUGAUCAAGAACAGGCCGGCGGUGCUGCAGUGCAAGGCGUCGCAUGCGUUUGAGAUCUCCUUCAAGUGCAGCGGUGGCUACAAACCGCCGAUGCCCCAGCCGGAGGGCCACACCGACCCGCACACCGGCAUCCAUCUGCUGGAGGCGUCCGUCACCAUAACGCGCGAGAUCGUCGACGAGUACUUUGGCCGGGGCCCGUUCAAGUGCGACUGCCUGGCCAAGUCUUCGCGCGGAAUGGUCAAAACCCAGCCGGCCACCAUCCAGGUCGCAUACAUCAAGCGGCAAAUCAACAUCUCGCCCAGGUCGGUCCGCGUCGAGCUGGGUGGCCGCGCCGAGAUCAUCUGCAACGUGAACGCCACCCCGGUCGCGAAGAUCGCGUGGCACAAGAACGGUGCCCCGCUCGUUCCGAACCCGCCGGUGGUCAUCACCGUCGAGGACAAGGUGCUGCUCGCACACGUCACCAUGCAGGACAUGGCCAAUUAUACAUGUGUUGCGGAGAACAUUGCCGGCAAGCGCGUCUCGGAGCCCGUCAGUCUCACUGUCUAUGUGGACGGCGGUUGGGGCUCGUGGGGACCGUGGACCGACUGCAAGUGUCCGGGCCAUCCGAAGCAAGGUCAGAAGCGGACACGCGUCUGCAACAACCCCCUGCCGCUCAACAGUGGCGCCCCCUGCGUCGGGCACAACACCGAAACCACGCCGGACUGUUUGCCGUGUACAGCCGGCCGCUGGUCGCCGUGGUCCGAGUGGAGCGAUUGCGCUUCGGACUGUACCCAGACGCGGCACCGGUCCUGCAUCGGCGGGCCCGGCAUCCCGUCGGCUUCGUCCUCGACUUCGGCGGUGGCCGCCCUGGUGGCCAAUUCGUCAUCCAGUGGCGGUGGAAUUGGUGCCGCCGAAAAGUACGACAUCAACUGCGUUGGCAAGAGCCUACAGUCGGCCAAGUGCACCGGCGGGGCGUGCAGCUACAGUGUUCAAGGCUCCAACUGGACCAUCUACGUCGGCCUAGCCCUGGCAGCGGCCAUCUGCAUCGCCAUCGGCGCCGGUCUGACGCGGAUAGCCCGCCGAAAGAAGACCAUCCCCGCGUACAACCUUGCUCGAUCAGAAAUGCCAUCGGAGUACUUCCCGACCGAGAGCAAGAAGCUAACCCAUUUUCAGCCCGAUUUGACGCAGAAUACGGUGGCCAUAAAUUACGAGUAUCCCUUGACGCCACAGCAUCAUCAUUCUGGUGGCCCGGGGGGGCAACAGGUUCAUCUGCUGCAGCAACAGUCACUGCCACACCAUGGACAGCAGCAGCAUUUGCAGCAGAAGCAGGCAGCGUCACAGCAGCAUCCCAACGGAGCGCAUUCGCUCAAGAAUCCGAUCCCGUUCCCACGGUCCAACUCCGAGCAUCACUACGAUGUGCCGCACCUGUGCAAUAACUACAUGUACCCGCUGGACAAGAUCAGCAUCAACGAAUCGUACUCGUCGUCCAGCUACUCGAAACGUGUCUGCAGCGUGGAAUCGCUGGCCACCUCGACCAACACAUCGGGUGACUCCAACUACGACCACGCUCUAGUGCCGACCGUCGCCGCCGGCAACUCCUCCACCCUGUCCGCACCAAUGGACCAACCAUCCGCCUUCCGCUCACCAGACUGCACCCAAAUGACGCUGACCCCGGCCGGUGCCUUCAUGCGCCUAAAUGCCUACUCCGCUGCACUUCUGGUUCCCGAGGGCGCCGUCCCCAAGCACCAGAAGCAGAGCGUCGUUCUCUCCGUGGUCAAGGACGACAAGGUGGUGAUUGCGGGUGCGCGUGUUACCUUCCUAAGUCCGGUGGUGUUUUGCGGCCCCGUUGACACCAAGGUGCACAAACCGUUCGUGCUGAAGAUGCCGCACUGCGCGGAGAAUCUGAGCAAUUGGCAGUUUUCGUUGUAUCACAGCUCGGGGGUUGUUGAGGGACGGUGGAACGAGGUGGUUACGCUGGGGAAAGAGAACAUCAAUACGCCGGCGUUUGUGCAGAUCGAUAAGCGGCACGCGUACGUGAUGACCGAGGCCUUUGGGAAGUACGUGCUGGUGGGGGAGUCGGCGACGGACAUUCAGGAGCGGGUUGCGUGCAAGAAGUUGCGGAUGUUUAUCUGCGGGCCGGUGACGGUGCCGGAGUUUUCCGACGUGAGCGUGCGGAUCUACAUCGUGGAGGACAAUCCGGGGGCGGAGGAGCGGUGCCGGUACUGCGAGCAGGAGAUUGGAGGGGUCGUGCUGGGCAAGAGUUCGGUGCUGUACUUCUCCGACAAUAGUCAAGAUCUGUGCAUAGAUAUUAGAUGCGUUGGCGGGUGGAAGUCGAAGCCGUUCGGCGAUCGACAGGUGAUACCAUUCUCGCACGUGUGGAACAAUAGCAACUCGACGCUGCACUGUAGCUUUACGCUGAGCCGGACGGAGCACGACAAGUGCGACUUCAAGAUCGACGUGCAAGCGAUCCAGGAGAAUGCCGCGUUUAGUGUUGCGCCCUCAAUGCUCACCAUUUCUUCGUUCACUCCACUCUCGAAAGAUGGCAGCACCUGCCAGCACUCGUCCAGUUCCUUCGAAACGAUGACCAUCUGCAGCGUCGGCUCGAAUGGGGCGACCUCCGGCGAACACAACGUCAUCAACACGGACAAGUUCCGCCUCACCAAACUAGCCAAGAAGAAGCUCUGCAAAUGUCUCGAUCCGCCCACUCAAAAGGGCAACGACUGGCGCAUGCUCGCGGCCCAUCUCCACGUGGACCGCUAUCUGGCCUAUUUCGCAACCAAACCAUCGCCCACCGACCAGAUCCUGGACCUGUGGGAGUGCCGAAACCGGGAUCUGAAUGCCGUAUGCAGCCUCAUCGAGAUCUGCCGCAAUAUGGGCCGUCACGACGCGGUAACCGUACUCCAGGAGAUCCAAACCCCAUCCUGGCUGUAGAUCCGUUCAACCUGCGAUCGACACGUGAUUGACCGCCGCGACCACACACGCGCUCGCGUAGAAAUAGGUCAAACCCCAAUCGCUAUAAAUAUUUAUAAAUCAUUAUCUCUAUCAGAGUUGCGCGCGAUUUUCCUUUCCUUUUCAAAAGCCGCGCAGCGGCUAACGAAUGCCCAAUAGCCAAUGUGUUAUUAUUUAAAUUAUUGUUUGUGAGCGCGCUCGCGCGCCUUCAAACUUGUUACGCAAUGGGCUUCCCAGAAUCCCGGGAAGAGGUGAUCCCCCUAAAGGGCUUUUGGAAGUAGGAAAUUACAGACCCCAUUGGGCAAACCGCGCGCAAUUUGAAUGGGAACGGUAGCUCGCCAACGAGGGCGCGCGCGUAAGCUUGCCAAUUGCCCUCGAGACUCUGACCAGAUGGACCAAACUGGCCAAGACGGGCCGCAUCGAGAAAUACAAAGGAAAGGUAACAUACACACAAAGUAGCGAUAAAACGGCAGCGGCAAUUGUGUGUGGAGCAGGCUAAUUGAGUAUUGAUAGCUGAAAUUGAUUUACCAUCACGGCCGCGCGGAGAUUUGCCUAUUUGACGUUGCGUUGCUGCUGCUGCUGCUGGAAGAGCUGGUUAGAAGGAGUGGGUCAGUGGUUGUCAGAACUGGAUUUGGCAAAUUUUAAUAAUUUAGUGAAUUUCAAGAAUUAACUAAAAUAAUUUUUUUUGAAUAUUGAACUUUGGUGCUAUCCAAACGGUUUAGUCUUUGCCUAUUUUUCUUGGAA